AUGAAGCGCGAGCAAUAUAUAGCCCGAAAGUCACGAGGUCGCUUUAUUCGUUUACGUUCACUGCGGACGAAAAACGUCAUACAGACCCUGAAUAACAUUAGGAUAAAGAUCGCUAUGUGGUGCAUUAAUAUUGUUGUGGUCCUGUCCGUGGUAGCCUGUGUCCAUGGCUACUCCUCGGGCGCUCCGGAGAGCUCUUGUAAAGACAUGAUUCCGAGACAUCCUGUGCCCCCACAGAAAACCGCUGCCCCAUAUACUAUAACCACCAGCUCUAAAGUCGUGAGGGUUGGCACUCCAAUUGAAGUUACAAUAUCUGGUGCGAGUCCAUCGGACACUAUGCGAGGUCUGCUCCUUCAGGCUCGAAAGGGUGAGGACAUCGUCGGCACGUUCACCCUUGAUCCUAAUGAUCAAUUCGCCCAACUACUCAAUUGCGGAUCGCCCGGCAAUUCCAUAACACACAAGAAGCAUGACGCCAAGUUCGAUAAGCAAACAGCAACGUUUACCUGGACACCUUCGGAAGAUUUGAGUGGAGAAAUUAAAUUCAGAGCUACUAUCGCAUACAACGGUGCUGUCUUUUGGGUUGGCGUGGAGUCCGCGCCCAUCACCGUCACUCAU